CGGAAGUGGGAUUGCGAGGCCCGGGUAUAACAGGCGUAGUCGCCGUGGUGCGGCAGCCUGCGGCAUCCUGGGUCUGGUGUCGUGCUUCGUUCUCGCGCUGGCCAGGCUCAGGCUGUUUCUGAUGCUUGGAAGCUAUCCUUUCAGCCACAAAGAUGGUAAUAAAUCUUUGCCUCCCACAGUUCAGACCAAGAAUUUACUGCAACAAGAUAUCAGCUGAUGGCUAUGAAGUAGAAAAUCUCAUCUCUGAAGACCUCACAAAGAGAAGUCAUGGUUUUAGGACAGAGUAUUUCAUUAAGCCACCAGUUUAUGUGACAGUUUCUUUUCCUUUCAAUGUGGAAAUCUGUAGAAUUAAUAUAGACCUCGCAGCUGGGGUAGGCCAGAAUGUUACUGGCCUGGAAAUGUACACAUCCGCCUUAUCCAGCAGAGGUUCUUGGAAUACCCCUGAAUGCCGGACCCCGGGCCCAGCUGAGCCAUCCAUCCCGGACAAGGAAGCGUUCACCUUGGUAGGCAAAGUCUUCUUGAAAAACCAGAGCCAAGUGGUGUUUAGCCACAGGGGUUUCAAGGCCAGGCCACCUUUUGUCCCGAUGGAAGUCACACUCCCUUCUCCUGCUAUCGUGGCCCAGGAGCUCUGGAAUAUGAGAAACCAUGUGGCCCAUCUCAAGAUCUGUAUCACUCAUGUGACAGGCAGUGGUAUCCCUUGCAUCAAGCGGUUGGAAGUGUGGGGUCAGCCAGCCAAAACCUGCUCACAGGAGGUGAUAGACAGUGUCCUGCUGGUUGCUUCAGAGAGCCUCCCUCAGGACUUGGCUCUCCAGGCCCCGGCCUUGCCCAUGGAGAGUGACUGUGACUCUGGGAGCCAAUCUGAGGGCGAGCAUGCCCCCUCCAACCUGCAGGAACUGGCUGAGGUAAUUCAGGAUGUGCCUGAGGAGUUCCUGGAUCCCAUCACCCUGGAGAUCAUGCCUUGCCCCAUGCUGCUGCCCUCAGGCAAGGUCAUCGACCAGAGCACACUGGAGAAGUGUAACCGCAGUGAAGCCACAUGGGGCCGAGUGCCCAGUGACCCUUUCACAGGGGUAGCCUUUACUCCACACUCCCAGCCCCUGCCUCACCCCUCCCUGAAGGCCCGUAUCGACCAUUUCCUGCUCCAGCACUCCAUUCCUGGCUGCCACCUGCUUGGAAGAGCACAGACUGCCUUGGCAGUGACCCCUUCUUCCAUUGCUCUGCCAUCUCGGAAAAGGAAGAUGGAGCAGGCUGAACAUGCCCUAGACGGUAGCCUUGGUGUAAAUGCUUCUUGUUUUUCUACCACAAGCCUUCUGGUCUCACCCACUACCUCAGAGCACACUGCUAAGAAAAUGAAAGCUGCCAGUGAGCUUGGUCUGACACACAUGGACUGCUCAGCAGAUCCAGUGUCCCACGAGCAGAAGCUGUCACAAAGCUUGGAAAUUGCCUUGACGUCGACUCUUGGCUCCAUGCCCUCCUUCACAGCACGGCUGACCAGGGGACAGCUCCAGCACCUUGGCACAAGAGGAAGCAGCACUUCCUGGAGGCCAGGCACCAGUUCGGAGCAGCCUGGGAGCAUCCUGGACCCCGAGUGUGCCUCCUGCAAAAGAGUGUUUUCUCCCUACUUCAAAAAGGAGCCCGUGUACCAGCUUCCCUGUGGCCACCUCCUGUGCCGGCCCUGCCUGGGUGAGAAGCAGCGCUCCCUGUCCAUGACGUGCUCAGCCUGCCAGCGGCCAGUCGCCAGCCAGGAUGUGCUGCGGGUCCACUUCUGAGUGACUGGUCUCAACCUGAGAAGACCCAUUGCUGGGCGGAACAGGAGUGUGGGGGGGGGUCAUAGCUCCCCUGAGGUCUGGCUGGGGUCACAGGUCCCCAGAGAGGCCUCUCCUUUCCCAAGGGCUUUCCUGUUAUCGCCUCCCACAGUGCAGCACAGGCCUGGAGUGCGGGCUCGGGGAGGGUCACUCCACUGCUACGCCAGUGGCAACAGGAUAACAAAGCCAUAGUUUGGGCUGGGAAGGAUGGGGUAGAUGCCCCUGCCCUCCUGUAUCUCCCCGACACCCUCCUACCAGAGCCCUGCGCCUGCUAGAGCCAGCCCCACCCUGGUUAUCUGCAUUCACCACCCCCUCCCCGCCCCGCAGGGUGGAUGUGCGUGGAGCACAAUAGACUGUGGCUCAGGGUCUCAGAGCCUCCACCUUCAGUGUCAUCCAAAAGUGGACCACGGCAGGGGUCUGUGAAGUGAAUGACUCAGCCCCCUACUGGCCGACUACGCUGAGCCUUAAUAAAGUGAUGAUUGACGUCUGC